AUGAGCCCAUCGACAUCAAAUGGAGUCUGCAACACCUGUGGAUACGACCCAAGCAUGCAGAGAGGAGUGGUCAAGACCUGCCUUGACUGCUUCCUUGAUGGACACAGGCUUCACCGGUUUGAAUACGAAGUGAGCUCAGUUCACUACCUAGCUAAAUUACCGGGGACGUGUUACACCGGGCCGUGCGACAACCCGGAUGUUGUCGUUGGACGAGCCACUAAGAUUCUCGACAACAAUGGGUGUGCUGAUUAUGGUAACUUCAAACUUUUCGACCAAAACUCUGUCAGCUUUGCGGUUUUGUGCAUGACGGGCCAUCCCCAGUGCGCUCAUGAGGUUUCUGCCAAGUCUAACGUUGACGUGGCCGUGCCUUCUUUGAGUAGUUUAAUGAGCUUGGCAACAACGCUUGGGCUGAUUGCGGUUGGCUUGGGUGGUAUAUGA